CUCCCUCCCGUCAUGCUCUCGCUGCCUCUCCUUCCCCGCUCACUCGUGGAACCACAGAAGGCAGGAGCCGCUCUGGCUGGACAGCACUGAGCGCAGCGCAGGGUUUUGACGAGGAUGUGCUUUCGAGGCUGAUCGGAGUUGUUUGGUGCAGUUUCCUUGCUCGCUACUGUCCUGUUUUUGUUCUGAGAAUGAAGAAGUGAAUCAUCUGUGUUUGCAGUCAUGGCUGUCCAGACUGGCAUCCAGGUAUGGUUCGGUGAAAGGUUUGAUGCCCCGUUGCUGAGCCCCAGGAGCCCUCGCAGCCCACUAGCGCAGCGGCACGGCCCCGGCCUCGCAGACGUCUUCCAGUACGACCAGUGGCUUGCAGUGCGACAUGAGGCCACCCUGGUACCUAUGCAGGAGGACCUGGCCAUCUGGCUCACCGGCAUGCUGGGAGAGGAGGUGAGAGCAGAGUUUUUCAUGGAGGAGCUGAAUAACGGCGUGAAGCUGUGCCAGCUUAUCGGUGUGCUGCAGACUAAGAUCGCCCAGAGCUGCCCCUCCGCACUCUGCAAGCUGUUUCCCACGAGGAAGGUUGCAUGUAAGCGGGACGCUUCUCCCGGUUCCUUCUUCGCUCGCGACAACACCGCCAACUUCCUGGCCUGGUGUCGCCACAUCGGUGUGGAGGAGACCUACCUGUUUGAGUCUGAGGGCCUCGUGCUGCACAAGGAGCCUCGGCAGGUUUGUCUCUGUCUGCUGGAGAUCGGCCGCAUCGUCUCCAAGUACGGCGUGGAGCCUCCUGUGCUGGUGAAGCUGGAGAAGGAGAUUGAGUUGGAGGAGACCCUGCUGAUGACGGAGGAGCCGCGUCCGGCCGUCAAAACCUUCACUGUGUGCUGUCAGCACGGCGGCCUCUACCAGCCGGGGGAGCACGGCAUGGAGGACCCGCCCUGCAACUGCUCCAACAGGGUCUCCAUUGAGUACCUGUCUGAGGGACGCUACAGACUGGGAGACAAGACCCUCUUUAUUCGGAUGCUUCACGGUAAACAUGUGAUGGUGCGCGUCGGGGGCGGCUGGGACACGCUGCGCGGCUUCCUGAUGAAAUACGACCCCCUGCGGGUUCUGCAGUUCACCACCCUGGAGCAGAAGAUCCUGGCCUUCCAGAAAGGCCCUCCCGGCCUGGGAGGUCACCAUGGCAAUGCAGCUCCACCCCCACCUCCUGACAUGGACCCCCUCGCCGCUGUCAACAACCUCAUCUCCUCCUCGUCCUCCUCUUCUUCCUCCACCUCAUCAUCUUCAUCCUCCUCCGGCUUGGCCUGUAAGCCGGUUGUGACCGCCGCAGGUCAGACGUGUCGGUCCUACACCGCCUCCCCGGCCGGCACGCCCACGUUGCCCAGAAAAGGUUCCGCCUCUGCGCCCAGGAAGAACCUCCAGGGGACACCUUCUUUGCCCAGGAAGCCCACCCAGCUGCCCCUGCCCCUCACCACCAAAGGGUCCUCCUCUCUGCCCUCCACACCUGUGGGAAGUUCCUCCAAACAGUCUCCCAGCCCGGGGGCUCAGGGUGUGCAGGUCCAUCGCAGAGCUCUGACUCCAUCCUCAUCUCCUCAUCACGCCCCUGCAGAUCCAAGCCCCGCCUCCAAACUGAAGCUCAGACCGUCACCACGCGGUCCCGCCUGUCAGCCCAGGAGCCCCGUCUGCCCCGAACCGUCUUCCAAAUGCCCCAAACCCUCCAGCCCCUGCACCUCCCCCACCGCAGCCUCUGUGCCUCGCCCAGUCACUGCACCAGUACGGGCUGCCACCGCUCCCCAGCCUCGCGCCUCCGUCUAGAGGCGACCAGGCGGAUCUGGACGGCCACAAAAGCUGCAGCGACGCCAACGCCAAGAGCAGCAACGACAACCGGCCAAACCCGGACCCCCACCCCCAGCUCACGGACAGCCUCCCCGGUGGUGCCAAAACCCGCCUGCUCCCUGCCGAAGAGCAAAGAGGUCACAGCCAAAGCCAGGGGGCCGGCCCCGACCAAGGCGGCUGCUGCCCCUCCGCGCAGUACUGCUGCGGCCCCCGGGCGGGUCCCGGGGGGCAACACAGGCCCUUCUCCCGCCAGCAAAGCCAAUCAGAAAACACCAGCCACAGCACAGAGGGCGGGGCGGAAGCACGCAGCCGCCACUAACCCCAUAAACGGAAAGUCCAGUCUAAAACCUGAAGCGACUCCAGGACAACCCCUGGCCCCGCAGAAAACCAGCCCCAACGUCAAAGCUGUUAAGACCGAGCCCCGCAAGAAGAUCCCACAAUGCAACAGCAAAAGUGGGGACCCGUAUUUUGAAAUGAACUGUAGGAGGAGGCAGAAGACGUAACGGUCUCUGAGGACUUAGCCAAAGCCAGCAGGCUGCUCAACCACAGCUUCAUCACAGAGCAGCACUUGUUGGAGCUCAGAAUCACUAAUCCUCAUCAGGCUUCUCAUUUUUGGCCAUUUGUUUGUCUUCAGAUUACUUUUUGUUUGUUUGUUUUUGUAUGUUAUUUAAUAGUCUUUGUAUUUUAUUUUUUUAAUCCGAAAGGGUGAAAGAUGUCCCGCCCUGUGUGUGUGGUUCCGAUUCAAUGGUCUGUUUGAGAGGUCCGCUCCAUGUACCUGGUCAACACUAAAACUUGCACAAUGUUUACAUUUUCACCUUCGUUACACGUACAGCCGUUACAAAAUCAUUCGUGUCAACUGACUUUUAAAGAACAAAGGAUAGAAUUUAGUUUAAAAAAAAAACGUGUUCAAACAAUAACCUCAAAGCUUUUUUUAGGUCAACGUAAGAUUUAAGGACAUAGCCAUGACUUAGUAAAAGGCACUUCUGUGAACAUUUGCAGGAAAAGGAUUCGGUUUGUGUUCAUGGCGAAGCAGCUUGUGAAGCCUGUACAGGCGACCAAAGCUGUGACACAACUGGAACACAAAUCAUGGUUUCUGAUGCAUUUUCCUCCCCAGUGAGAUCAUUCCUUCCACUGGUGGACAGUUGUGUCUGAUUUUUGUAUAAAUGAUAUCUAGGUGGGAGGUUCGUGUCCGUGGCGCCGGACAAAGCGCCAGCAGGAACGGACCUUCCUGUGGCGUGCCUUCAUCAGAAACCUCUCGUUUCUGAUCGGCAUUAGAAUGUAUUAGAUGAUCGGGGGUGGCGGGGUGGGUUUAACGGUUUUUACUGAUGAAAAUUGCACAGUGUGUACGAGCACUCAUGACUUUGGUUUCUCAGAGAAAAGCCCGAGUCGCAGAUGAACUACUGAUCAAACGCCUCUUUUUUUUUUUUAGUUGUUUUUUUUUAACAGGAAACACUCGAGGCCCUGCAGCGGCCAGAAUCAUUUAGAACAGAAUCUACUUGGUAUAGACAUUGUUUUUAUAUGGUUUCUAAUGUUUGUGUGUAUUAAGAAUCUAGUUUUCUAUGUGGUGUUUGUGUAUGUGUGUGUGUGUGUAUACAGUAUAUAUAUAUAUAUUAUAAGUGAGGCUUUUUUCUUGUUUGGCACUUUACAGAAACCGCCGUAUUUGUCAGAAUUUGAAUGUUGAUUCUGUCGAUUGUGUCUCUUGUUCCAGCUACCUUUUUGUCAUUUUGAUUAAUAAAUGGACAAGUGUUUUAAAAGGUUA